AUGUAUAAAACUAAAUAUAGUCUUCAGGUGCGACACCGGUUUGGGUGCUUCGACGAGAUCCAGGAAGUGGACGGCCAACGGGUGCGACACUGCAAUUGGAUCCGAUUCGUGAGCCAUGUAUCCCAACUGACCGAUGGGGUGAACAUCAUUGGCCGCAUCAUCCGCGGCGAAGUCCUCUACGAAUGCAUUCAAAACAUUUUGCCCAACACUGAGAUCGUGGUCUACUAUGACUGCAAGAAACUCGGCGACACCUUAAGCCUCAGCGGCCACACCAUCCCAUUCCCAUCCCUCUUAGCAUCGACACCAUUAAUGCGUUCACAUCAUCAGCAGUUUAUAUGCCGACAGACACUCCAGGACAGUCCACUUGAUCUGUCCAUGUCGUUGGUCGCCUCUCCAUCAUCCGCCUCAUCCCUGUCCUCAUCGUCAUCCCUAUCAAACUCAUCGCAAAACGAGAACCAAAAGCCGUCGAUGGCAUCGCUAACGCUGGAUCUGUCGGCGAAGUCUAAGUCAUCGCCAUUGGCGGGCCUCUCGCCCUCCAACUCCAUACUCCACAAUAAGAUCAAUAGCUUGAAAUCAAAGCUCAUUGCGAGCCAACAGAACGGCCACAACCGCGACGACCUGGCCGUCAACUUCACCAAAAUAGCCGUAUCGCCCGAACCCAUGAGCAAAGCGGGUGUCGGGGCAGUGAUAGUGAAGAAGCCCCGUGAGAGGACCAUGCUGCCCUGCGAGUACUGCGGCAAAGCAUUUGAUAGGCCGUCCCUUUUGCGCAGACACCUGCGAACGCAUACCGGCGAAAAGCCUCACGUUUGCGAUGUCUGUGGUAAGGGUUUCAGCACUUCCAGCUCAUUAAACACUCACCGACGCAUCCAUAGCGGAGAGAAACCACAUCAGUGUAAGUCUUACCUGCUUUUCAUGUCAGCCCCUCACAAACACAAUUGUGUGAACGCAUCACUGGUUCCUAUACAACAAGUGACACAACUUGUCACACAAUACCCGCACUCCUAUCCCCAUAAGUCAUUCAAUUGUGUGCAUACCUGUGCAUGUAUGGACACCUGUACAGCAACAGUCCUAUUUGUGGCAAACGAUUUACUGCCAGCUCUAACCUCUAUUAUCAUCGUAUGA